CUCAAUUGUUCCUAGAAAUGAAAUUGGUUAAAGAUUGAAACUAAUUGCAUGGUUAAGGCUGGGUAAGUACUUUUGGUCUCUGUUUCACCCAGCAUUCCACACAUUCUUCAGUAAGUUUAACAAAGGCAGAAAACAAAAGCAAACAGGAGACGCAUCAGGGAAGCUGGUGUUACAGGACAAACAAGUUUUUUUUUUGUUUUUUUUUUUUUAAACCUCUGCUUAAACUGAUGGAAAUCAGAUUCACUUGCCAUAAGGUGUGCCAAUCAAAGAUUGUAUGCCGAACUCCAGCUGAGGACAAUGGAUUUGAGGGACCUGAAUGGAUACAGAAAGGGAGGAAAAGAGGGAAAGAAGAGAGGGGAAGAUGAUGUUAAGAUGGAGGAUGGUGUGGUUGAUGAGCAGAAGUGGUGCUGGAAGAAUCUGCAGUGGGGACUUUGUCCUAGAGGGAUUCAGUGUCUAGCUCCAGUAGCUGCUUUGUGGCUGGGGAUUCUGGAAGAGGCACCACUUUCUGAGGUUCAAGAAUGGGUGCUGCUGGCUGGGAUGCUGGGAUGCUUCCUUUACCAGUACAGACGGCAAUAUAAACAAAAAUAUUCAGAGAAAAGUGAGAUUGUUGGGAAAAAGACUGGCCAACCUCGUCAGUUGUGUCCCAUCAGUCAACAAGAUGCAGGUCAACAAGAUGCAGGUCAUCUGCUAUUUUUGGUGAGGGCUCUACUGGAGGGGUUGGUGGUCUCCAUUCUCCAGGAACCAAUGUCAGAUACAAGGGUUUCCCAGAUACAAGGCCUCAUUAAAAAACUGGAGGCAGUUUCCCAAUUAAUUAUAGUGGCAGUAAACAGUAGUUUCCUUAUUGAGGAGCAACUGCUGCAAGCCAAAGACAAGGAGAACAAAGAGAUCAAGACUAAAAUAGAAGAAAGAGUGAAACAUAUUUGCACUUAUUUACAGAAGAGAGUGGGUGCCCUGCACUUUCUCCUUCAGAUCCAGGAUAAGUACGGAGUAUGUAUAGCUAACAUUCAGCAGGAGCUGCAGGAGUACUGGGAGGUGCUAGAAGACCUGCACACUAAAGUCACCCUGCAACCGAAAAAGUGCCAGGUCCCUGAGGAUCCUCACACUGUCCUCACUGAUACUGAGGGCUUAUACACCAAGCUGGGUCUGUUUCAGAGUAGAAUUCACGAGUGUCAGGUGCACCUUAACACAAGUACACGACUUCUUGAGGAGCUGGAGAACAAGCAGCAGGACUUGGCUCAGACUGUGGGCCUAACAUUUGAGUCUUCUUGGACCAAAGACUUUCUACAGUGUAAUACACACCAGUUUAAAAAAGUCUUCAAGGAUUUCACAUCUCUAAUGCAGCAGACUCUGACUUUUGUGCUGCAUCUGCAGGACCUAAGAGACCGAAGAGAACAGAAGAAUAAAACUUCUGAUGUUGAACACAUUCAAAACUCUUCAUCUUCUCCCUCAACACUUCCUGUAUACAGUAUUGGUCUGGUCACAGAAAAUACCCCUGUGGAGCCUGACUCAGAACUCCCCAACACACAAAGCUCCAAAUUUUCACUGAAACAUUUGCUUUGUGGGGUGAAACGAGGAAGAUAACCCUUGGAUUGUCAUCCCUUUGUAAAUAAAUGAUGGACAUUAUUGUAAAAUUAUUUAUUAAUUGACUAAAAUUUUAUGUUUGUAUUGUAACUUUUACUCCACAGCUUUUAUAUUGGAAAAUGCACAAUAUUUAAUACCAGAUAAAUAAAAUACAUGUCAAUGUAUUGAGUAACAGGCUUCAAAAACUAAAUUAGAUCCAAUUGAACCAUAACUGACACAACUCCUGUUUUCCCUUUGAGUCAGUUGAAGUCCAUAAUCUAUCAAAAACAGCCCAGAAUAAGUUACACUAUAGGGGAAAAUCCUCUCUGCAUGUAAAAACAUUAGUUCUGGUAUAUUAAGAUAGGCUCUGUACUUCUGUAUUCAGAAAAUACAGUGAGGUUCAAAAGUUAUAACCCCCUUAAUUUAAAGUUAUUUUGUGUAAAAACAUAAUAAAGAUCAUCCAAUUGUAGCAUGUUUCAGUAAUAGGCAAAUACAACCUCAAACGAACAACAACAUGUACAUUCUUUCAUCAUGUAAUUAUUUAUUUAACAAACAAUAGUCAAACACACACGGCAAUAGUAAGUACCCCCUUAUGUCUCCGUGGGAUUUAAGAUGAAAGGAUUUAAGG